AUGGCCACACUGAAGGAGAAGAGAACGUGUGGGCAGCGAUGUGAGGACUUUGGGCGGUUUGUGUGGAACCCAGACCAGGGAACCUUAAUGGGCAGAACCCCGAUCAAAUGGGUGUACAUCAGCCUCUACUAUGUGGCAUUUUAUGUGGUGAUGACAGGACUGUUUGCGCUGUCCAUCUGGGUAUUGAUGUACACCCUGGAUCCAUAUGCACCAGAUUACCAAGACCGGUUACGUUCGCCAGGCGUAAUGGUUUGGCCGGACUCAUACAACGAAGAGGACCUUGAGCUGGUUUACAACAUGUCUGAGAAGAACAGUUGGAGGAAGAUGUCCAAGUGCCUGGAAGACUUUCUCAUCCCUUACAAUUACACCAAACAGGAACACUGCAAAAUGAUGAACAAAGACUGCAAGAAGGGGACAUACUACUUUCAGAAACAUUUCGAGGCUCCUGAUCACAGAAAGUAUUCUUGCGUCUUCAACCCAACUGUGCUUGGAAAUUGCUCUGGUCAGGAUGAUGAUACAUUUGGCUACAAUGGAACACAGCCAUGUGUAAUCAUCAAAAUGAAUAGGAUAAUUAAUUUCCUGCCCAACAACGGAACCAACAUGGCACCCUAUGUCAACUGCACAGUAUUGGAGGGACAUGAGAAUGUGGGAAACAUUGAGUAUUUCCCGACCAAUGGAACAUUCGACCUGUCCUACUUCCCUUACUAUGGACGGAAAGCACAGCCAACUUAUUUGAAUCCCCUAGUGGCCGUGAAAUUCCACCUGAUUGAGCAGCGUUCGGCGAAGAUCCAGUGUAGGGUUGUGGCCCACAACAUCUUCUACGAGAACUUCUAUGAGCCUUACGAAGGCAAAGUCAUCUUCCGCCUUGAGGCCACAAGCUAA